GUGAAAAUGCACCUUAAGACUACGGAUUGAGACGUAGAUUAGAUUGGUCCACAAGAAAAUGCAUAAGGAAAUGAACCAAUCAAAUUCUUUCUGCAUAUGCUUAUGCGCUUGUGCAAAAAUGUGUGCUCCCCACUUGUCUGUGUGGGGAUUCCCCGACUGUGAUUGCGAGCGAUCUAUUUUAUAGUGUGAAUGCUGCAUGUAGGCUAUAUAUAUCUCUCUGUAGAGUGAGUCGACACUACAUUUGAUUGAAUUUCUGACGUUGUUGUGCACUUGGUAUUGCGUAGUGUUGCGCUAUCUUUUUAAUGUUAUCAGCCGAUAUUUGUGCACAAAGGUAUCUCUCGAUACUGAACGUUUCAACUCCAGUUGUGGAGACGGGUGAUUUAGAAAGAAGAUUCACCGUUGGUAUUAUUCCAACAAUUCGAUCCCAACUUUCAACUAUUCCAAGUGGACCAUUGAGUUACGUUCGACGUGCUUGUGUCGGCUCUGUGCGAGAGUGGUUGACAAGAAUAAGAUAAACAUACGUAUUUUUUAUCCAAGUGGACCGCGAUUAGAAAAGUUUCAGAAACGUUGAACAUAAAACGAGUGGGUUUUGUUGAUUCAAUACAAGAUUUUGUACUCUUUACCGUGGAAAUAUUUAUAAAGGAGCCAUGAUGUUUAAAAUUCAAUAUGAAAAUUUUUCGAGGCAUAUGGUUCCAACUUUAACGACCGAAUUGAUCGGAUAUUUUAGUAUUGAUGGUAAUAUGCAAUAUAACGAUAACUUGACGCAACUAAAAUAUUAUAUUUCCCCUCCGGAUUUUAACAAUGUGAAUUUCAAUCUCGAUAUAAAUUUUGAAUCUACCCGUCACAAGCCUACUGAGUAUAUUAAGCUGGAUGAUAUAUUGAAGUGGAUUCUCAGCCAUUUCCAUCAAUUCGUAGAUAGACCAUUAUCAGCACAGGAAGAACGGUGGUUGGAUAUCGACUUUAUCAGUUCUCGUGGAACAAUAAAAAAAAUAUUGAGUAGCCCAUAUUCUAACAAAUAUGAAGAAUGGAUUAUUUGUGCCAGUAAAUACCGUGGUACAAUAUAUUUGUGCGCAUUUUAUACCGAUGAGAAAGAGCGUCAGGAACAAGACGCAACAAUGGAGACAAAACGAAUUACUUCAUGGGGGUACAAAUUUGAACAAUAUAUGCUAGCAGAUGAUCCAUCACGUAGACCAGAUCCAUUAGCACCUCUUAAUGAGUGCGAAAAAUUUCACUGUAUGUUUAGAGCAAACUUUGGCAGAUAUUCCUUGUUAUAUGGAGCUGAAGUAGAUGGAAUUUGUUCGCAAGAGCGUAUAACAGAGCAACAGUUUUUAACAGAUAUCGACGAAACUUUUGAAUUGAUCGAGUUGAAAACUAUUCCAAGGCGUCAUAUGAUUGGAAAUAACCGUAACAUUUCUUCGAGAUUAGUAGACUGGUGGAGUCAGAACUACUUGGUGGACAUAAAAGAAAUUAUAUGUGGAUUAAAGGUUUCCCCUACUAACAGUGAAAGAUGUGACACAGUGACAAUGAUAAAAGAAUAUCGUACGGAUGAUCUGCCAAAAAUUUCAAAGUACUCGGUUUUUGAUGUAAACAAAUGCAAAAUAUUUUGCAAGAUGUUCCUAGACAAGGUCAAGAAAAUUGUGACUAAAGAUCACAAUGAAUGCAUGUACAAAUUUUACUGGAAGUCAUCCAGUAAACGUCUUGUAAGUUAUAGUGAAGAAGCGCCUGAUAAUAAAAUAUAUUUGUUCUUACAACCAUGGUUUCUUGAAGACGUAGAGAAAUACUUGGAAUUGAGGCGUGCUGAGUAAUAUACAAAUUUAAGAGAAUAAUUUUUUAUGUACAAGAUAUCUAGAUAAUGCAUAUAUUUAUGCACAACGCACAUAAUUUUUAUAUAUUGUGACGGAUUUCUUUAAAA